AUGAGGGACAGCUCUAAAUCUGGUACCCUAUCGCAAGAAUGUACUUUCGACGACUCGGUUAACCCAAAGUGCGGUUGGUUAUCCGUGAGUGGCGACUACACAUGGCGGCUACGUCGGGGAUCCACGCCGGCAAGGAACACGGGUCCCUCCACGGACCACUCCGGGGGUGGUGCUUACAUAUACGCCAGAGCCUCUGUGGAAGCCAAGAAGGGGCUACAACGCCUCCCUAAGCGGUCUAGAGCCAGGCUGACGAGCCCUACGCUGACAGUGGGACCUAAACGGAAGCUGGUUCGCUUCUUCUAUCACAUGUUCGGGAAGCAGAUGGGCGGGCUGGCCGUGUUUGUGGCCGUACGAGGUGAUGUGAGCCCCCCAUCACCAGUCUGGAGACGGAGUGGAAAUAUGGGAAUGAUGUGGCAUAUGGGAGAGAUACGACUACCUGCUAACAGUACAGUUAAGAUCGUGUUUGAAUCAGUUGUUGGUAAAGGUGUAGCAAGCGAUAUCGCCAUUGAUGACAUCACCAUGCACGAUCUUGACGUUGACUGUACUUUUGAGAAUGGCGGUGGAAUGAUCCCAGUAUCUCCGGCGUGUCGAUUCGAGCAAGCUAGUGAGGACCAUUUCGACUGGCAGGAGAACACCGGUAAAACACCCACGAGACGAACGGGCCCUGCCAUCGACCACACCCUGGAACAAUCAAGAGGUACCUACAUGUACAUCGAAGCAACGGGUCCAAACAUAGCCGAGAAAGCCCACCUGAUCAGCCCCAGGUACACUAAGAUUGCUGGAGCGUGCAAUGUUUCAUUCUGGUAUCACAUGUAUGGAGAACAUGUAGGCCACCUCAAGGUUCAUAUCAUGCAGCGUCCAGGCCAUCUUGGCGAACCGUACUUCACUGAAGCUGGAGAACAUGGAAAUAUUUGGUUUGAAGGCACAUUCAACAUAACAGAUAUCGUCGGCAGUUACCAGGUUGUCUUUGAAGGCAUUCGUGGUGAUGGAUCGUCAGGGGACAUCGCCAUUGAUGACUUCAAGCUUAUUGGCUCUGACUGUGUCACCGCUGCAUCCUUACGAGAAUUGAAAGUUAACGAAACGAGAAGGGACCACUGCAGUCCAAACCCAUGUGCGCACGGAGGGACAUGUAUGCCUGUUGUGGGCGGAUUUAGGUGUAACUGUACUGAAGGAUGGGGAGGAGUCCAUUGCAAUAGAGAACAUCUAGUCAGCUCAUGUUCCAGCAGACCCUGCCUGAAUGAUGGUCAUUGUGUGGUUGUUAACAGCACAACGUAUUCCUGCGAGUGCCCUCUUGGUUGGACCGGGGAGAACUGUCAAACUGAGCAGGAGACAUCCCACUCAAUGUGUGAUCCGGAUCCGUGUCAGAAUAACGCCACUUGUUACAACUUCACUACGUAUCUCGAGUGUGACUGCAAGGAAGGCUGGACGGGAGAGAAUUGUGAUGUUGAGGACAUCCCAGAUCCAUGCCGGGUCAACCAUUGUAUCAAUGGUGGUGCUUGCCAGGGGAGACCAGAUGGCCGAUACUUGUGUCAGUGUCCAGAGCAGUUUACCGGAGCUCACUGUGAAUCAGUGGUAGUUAUUAUUGAUCCGUGUGAGAGUAAUCCGUGUCAAAAUGGUGGAACUUGCGGUCGUUCCGCAAGCAAUGACGGCAACUAUACUUGCUCAUGUUCCGACCCGUGGAUCGGCAACGAUUGCAAUAUCGACGUGCGGACGUUGGACAAGUGUCUGAGUAACCCGUGCAUGAACGAAGCAACUUGUGUGAGUUUCCCGGACAGAUACGAGUGCCUGUGUGCCCCUCAGUGGACCGGAGGAGACUGCGAAAUAGAUCGUAACUCCAUCAACAAGUGCUUGAGUUCCCCGUGUCAGAACUCUGCGACUUGUACAAGCUUCUUCGACCAUUAUGAGUGUGGCUGCACCGAGGAAUGGACGGGCGAACACUGUGAAGAAGACGUUGAUGAGUGUGCAGAAAGCGUCAGUCCAUGUCUAAAUGGUGGUACGUGCAUUAAUACGGAGGGAGGCCAUAACUGCACCUGCCCUCAUGGCUGGCACAGUGAGAACUGUGAAAUGGAGUGUCAAGAUAGCAACAAGAACUGUAUGUACUGGGCAGCAGUUGGAGAAUGCAAGGUCAACCCCAACUAUAUGCUGUUCUACUGUCAGAAAUCUUGUGGAGUCUGCCAGCAAUACAUGUGCGAAGACGCCCAUGAAAGCUGUCCUCAGUGGGAACAGCUUGGAGAAUGUAAGAAGAACCCUUACUACAUGAUGGCCAACUGUCACAUGAGCUGUGGCGUCUGCAUCGAUGAUGAAUGUUCGAGCAGUCCGUGCCAGAAUGACGCAACCUGUGUGGAUGGGAUCGAUUCUUAUACGUGUACGUGUGCAGCGGGCUUUGAGGGUAUCAAUUGUGAAAUAGAUAUCGACGAGUGCACCAGCAGCCCAUGUUUAAAUAACGGCACAUGCGUAGACAGACCCAACGGAUUCGAGUGUGCUUGUACAUCAUUGUUCAGAGGCGACAUUUGCGAAGCAGAUGUGGAUAUCUGCACAAGCAACCCAUGCCUAAACAACGGGACAUGCUCAGCUGACCUCAUAGGAUACAACUGCACAUGCCUCGCUGGUUUCGAAGGAAAUCUCUGCGAAACAGAUAUUGAUGAAUGUGCCUCUAACCCAUGUCAGCACAGCGGACGAUGCGAAGAUUUAGCCAAUGGGUAUAUUUGUCACUGUCCACAGGAAUGGACGGGUACAGAAUGCCAAUACGAUUAUGACGAGUGCAGAAGCAACCCGUGUUUGAAUGGAGGCUCGUGCUACCAUGGCGUUGGUCAACGGCUCUUCAUAUGCAAUUGCCCAUCAGGAUGGCAGGGAACCACUUGUGAACUAGAGGUCGACGAGUGUGCAAGUGCACCCUGUAUGAACGGCGCUACUUGUGGGGAUAUGGUGGGUGGAUUUAACUGUACCUGCACGCCUGGAUGGGCAGGACCAACAUGUGAACAAGACAUUGCGGAAUGUGCAAGCAGUCCAUGUUCCAGAGGUGUGUGCAUUGAAGGACAGAACCAGUAUCAAUGUUUAUGUUCCCCUGGAUACACAGGCGUCUUGUGCGGGACAGACAUUGACGAGUGUUCAAGCAACCCGUGUGUUAAUGGUGGGACCUGCGUGGAUUUGGAGAAUAAUCAUACGUGUUCCUGUCCUGUAGGAUUCGAAGGACAUUAUUGUGAACAAGUUGCAACCACCCCGCAACCCACAACCCUUCCUGUAAAGACCACACCACCGAAAUUGCAGACGACAUCAGGUCCAAUAGUCGACUACUCCUGGCCCGAGAUCGACAUUUUCUCGGUCGACUCUUCCUUCGGUGAGAGUAGUCAUGACUUCACCACCCCCGUGGAUGAAGAACCGGACAACACCGAUGAAGAUGGACCGUCGGGUGGUGGCACCGACGGGCCGGGUACCCCUAAGACCAACCCGGCCGUCAUCACCGACGGUCUGGAGGUGGUUGAGACCACGGUCAACGACCAAGAGGAGGCGAGUGUGACCACCGUGAAAGCCAACCAUGUGACCACUCUUCCGAAGACUACUCCAGAGGAGGAUAACAAAUUACCCGAGGUGAAACCCAACAGGCAGACUACGACCAUUGGUAACGUUAUCAACCCUUUGGACAGGAGCCAGAAAAAGGACCAAGACCCACCGGCCACGGGACACAUUGUCGCCGUGGUGUUCGGCGGUUUGAUGUUCGUUGCCAUUGUCGCCUUCUUGGUCAUCGUCGUGGUGCGACAGAGGCGAAAGUCACGCAUUGGCAAGUACGAACACUUCAGUAUGGACAGUAAGGACGCAGUGGCAUGGAAAGAAAUGGACUCAAGAUCAUUCAAUGAUUCGAUCACAACAGAAAGUUCAAACAUGUAGUGAGGCUAACGACCCCUAGAAUAGGGAGGUUUGGCUGCACGUUACACAAGCAAAAUCGUGAACGUCAUGAAAUUCUUUCGUUUUUAGUGAAGUCACCACUUUGGGCUUGUUUUAUGCUCUCAUAUGACGUCUGCACGGACGUACCUGACGUGAGAAAUGGUAACUUCACGUAUGCUUAAACGUGAGUUUUUGUACAACAACAUUUUCUGACGUUCACGUUUAUGGUUUUGGCUCGCGUGAAGCCUACUUGAAGCCCCCUUAAUACCAUACUAGCAUCGGAUAUGUGUCAUAGAUUUGAGAGUACGGCAUAUACAUUAUGCCAGAGAUUUUAUUUUCAGUGUAAUUUUAGACACGACAAAGUGGGCAAAAACAUGAAAGUUGGUACACAAUAUUUUCAUGAAUGACUUUGUACUAAAGUUGUGAAUAGUUUGGCAGGGUUGCAUUCUAUAAUAAGGAAACACCCCGAAACUGUGUCAAUUAUGAAGACGCAGAUUUAAUCCGUUUCUAGGUCAACCUGACCAAGAACUAGGUCAAGCCCCCCCCCCCCCCCCCCUGGGAAAGAGAGUUUUAUUCAACCUUAACAAAUAUUGCUUAACAUAAACUGGUUACCAGCCGAAACUAAGGUUUGCAACAUUGCUACUGGUGCAUCACUCGUGUUUUGCUUCGUCAGUUGACCUAUGUGGGUACUGACACUUUGUAUACGGUUAAUUAGCAAUUCCGGGUUUGGUUCCCUAACCACAACGAGCAAAGAACAAAAAAAACCUCUGCUUACAGGAAGAUGGUUACAAGCCAAUCUACCAUGUCUAAUAUACCAUUUGCGACUGGUUUCCUGUUUGCGUUUGCUUAGCAGAAAGUUUGUUAAUAAGCAUUAUUGUGUGUUUAGUCAUUUCGACCAACGGGGAACGCUGUUGGAUUCCUUCGACCUUUGAGAAUUAGCCCUUGUACAUAGUGCUUGGUAAACAGCGACUUCAGUGAUAUCCAGUAGCAAUGAACGUAAUAUCAAAAUGCUUAUUAUAACAUUUCAAAAUUAAAUGCACUAAAUAAUAAUGAAAAAGAAACGCUUUAUAUUAAAGUUUUCUUCAAAUAUUGAAAAAAUUGUGUAUGGUUUUCAAAGUCGGCAAAUACUGUAAACGUGUAUACUAACAGAACGAUGCUGUUUUAAUUAUCUCUUCUAUGCAAACAAACAACAAUCAAUUAUUUAAAAUUAUAUAAUAAUACUCAUCAUAAUUUAAAAACAGUUUUAUAUAAAGCAAUGUAUUGCCAAUAAUUACCUCAGUCCUAAUAUCACCAACUCACCAAUACUAUAACUGACACUGCUAUUCUACCAAUCCGUUUGAGCCUUUCCACUUUAAACUCAAAUAUUGUUUACAAGUAUUUGCACCGAAAGGUGGACUCAACAUUGGUAAGACUGACCGCAGACAUGUUUCCCAAUUUGCACGUACCUCACAUAGAGUAGAAAUGGUCAUGGUUUAAAACUUCCCUUGAAACAAAUGUGUAAGACUAUCUUUUUGAGAGUUUCACACAAUUUCUGCUUAUUUCUAGGCCUUUUCAGUCUAAAUCUUCACAUGUUGGGUCCCUUUCCAUUUUUAUAUGUUUUCUUGAAUGGGGAAAACAAAGUAAACACAAAACAAAUCCGGGUCAGAAUUGCCUCGUAUCCGGGUCACGUUGGACCUGACUCGACUAUGAGUCAAGUUAAACCCGAAUCCAAAUCAAAAAGACACCCAAAUGGGUCAACCUGACUUAGAAUCAGAGUUGUUGUAACCUUAUAAUAAUUAUUGUUUUAAGUCGUGGUCAAGCUUACCCAGAAUGGUCAGGGUUUUGGGUCAAAAUUGACCUGUAUCCGAACCGUUUUAUGAGUUAAUGUUACACAUAAUCCUUUUAAAAAAGACACAUAAACCGGUCAAACUGACGAAGAAUCAAAGUUGUCGCAAUCUCUUUUUUAUACUCGUGAUCAGGCUGACACUAAAUGGUCAGGCCCUACGGGACCCAGAUCCGGGUCAAGUCUGGGUCACAUGGGGCAAUUCGGACCCAAAAUAUCUUGAGCACGUACUUGUGUUUGUUUAAAGGAUUUGGGUACUUUUUGUAACACAAAACACAAUAUCCACAUAUUUACAUAUAAACUUACGCCGUUCGAAGGUAAUGAUAGUAAAAAUCUUACCUGAAAAUAUUAGUUGCUGAAGUGCUGUAGUUUUUGAGAAAAACACUGUCA